CGUUAACGAACUGCUGAUUACUUUUCUAUUGCAGCCAGUCGACGAGCAAAAAUUAAUUUACUCAGGCCAACUUUUGAACGAUAACUUAUUGUUGAAGGAUGUCAUACGCAGUUACAAAGACGUUUACACUCAUAAUCAUAUAAUACAUUUAGUGUAUACACCGAAGAAUUCCUUUAAUACGAAUUUCGCGCAAAAAACCAAAGGCAGCACCUCCAAUAUGAGUCCCAAUACUAAUAACACAAACGCUGAUGGCUUGCGACAACGACAUAUUGCUGGUGGUGGUAUGUCGUCCAACGCAACCGCCCAACAAAAUAUUCAGCAGCAAUAUUAUCAACAAUAUCAAGCGCAACAUCCAAAUUUUGUAUACCCACAACACAAUCAACAGAUGCUUAAUCCACUGUGUCCUGUUUACGAUCCUAAUAACCCACAAUAUGCGCUGCCAUUUGGUUUUCCUGGACUAUUAAAUAUGCAGGCCAUGGCUACUCAACAGGCUGCCAUCUACAACUGGAUGCAGCAGGUGUACUCACAAUACAUGGAACAGUGUAUGCGAAUGUCUAAUACAACGGCUACUGUCACUGGUAUCCCCAAUUUAUUUGCAACAAAUGCAGCAGCCAGUGCUGCACCAAAUAUGCCAAUAGCUGGGGCUGCUAACCCAUUCGGAUUUAAUCCAUUUCUACAGCAGAUGCCUUUUCUAGCACCAGCAACAGCGGCGGCGGGUGUGGCCACAGUCGGCGCAACUCAUCCUGUGAUACCAGCAGCUACACUGUUGUCGCAACAGGCUCGCCCAGCUAAUUUAAUUGGCGCGCAGCCCGUACACGCCACGGAUGGUAAUGCUGCUGCAAUGCAAGCCGCCGGCGGUGAGCAAGCACAGGCGCAGCCGGAGCAGCAACAUGCGGCAGCACCAGGCUUCCCUAACAUUGUGCAGGAUGAACAGGAGAAUCGUGAUUGGCUGGAUAAUUUCUUUUCGAUAACACGUCUUGCGAUCUUUCUGACAAUUCUAUACUUUAAUUCAUCUCCAUUGCGCUGUAUCGGUGUCGUUGUAAUUGCUGGCGUUAUUUAUCUGUAAGUAAAUGAUUUGAUAGUAUA